UCACUUCCGGGGAUCUAAACUGGCCCUGCCCACUUCUUGCACUUAACCGUCCCUUCCCUCCUCUGAGUGCUCUCCUCCUGCCAGCAGCAGACCACCGCUCUGCGAACUUCUCCUCGGCUUCGUUUGAAGACAGUCAUUUGGCAAUAAUCACCAUGUCCUCUGGAAAUGCUAAGAUUGGCAAGCCUGCCCCAGACUUCAAAGCCACAGCUGUAGUGGACGGACAGUUCAAGGACAUCAAGCUGUCAGACUACAAAGGGAAGUAUGUGAUCUUCUUCUUCUACCCACUGGACUUCACUUUUGUGUGUCCCACUGAGAUCGUGGCUUUCAGCGACAGGGCUGAGGAGUUCCGCAGUCUCGGUUGUGAGGUGAUCGGCUGCUCUGUAGACUCUCACUUCAGUCACUUGGCAUGGAUCAACACGCCAAGGAAGCAGGGAGGUCUGGGUACCAUGAAAAUCCCCCUUGUGGCAGACCUCACCAAGACUAUCUCCAGAGACUAUGGUGUACUGAAGGAGGAUGACGGCAUUGCGUACAGGGGUCUGUUUGUGAUUGACGACAAGGGCAUCUUGAGGCAGAUCACAAUCAAUGACUUGCCUGUGGGUCGCUCUGUGGAUGAGACUCUGCGCCUGGUCCAGGCCUUCCAGCACACUGACAAAUAUGGAGAGGUGUGCCCUGCUGGCUGGAAACCUGGAAGUGACACCAUCAUUCCCGACAUUGUAAAGAGCAAAGACUUCUUCUCCAAGCAGUAAACGUGAUUGUCUUCUGUCGACUUCCUAAUCGUAACACUUGCCUUCAGAUGAGGUGUUCCUGUGAAGCAGUAUCAAAUGGCGUCCAAUCUAUUAAACCCGACAAUUUCUAAACUGGUUAGAUAAAUCUUUAGUAGCAAAUCUUUUCUCUUUGUGCGUCCAGUGUACAAUUGAUGGGGCAACCUCAUAUUCUCAGCACUGAAACUACAGUUGUUUUGUUCCAUUUUCAGAAAAGUAUUGAUAUUUUUCCUUGCUGUAAUUUAAUGAUUUGCUACCAUCUUUAUUAAAACAUUGAAUCAAU